UCCUUUCGGAUUGCUUUUGUUAUCCUCCUUAUACUGCAAUGUCGCUUGGUGCAAGGACAGGCCAGUGCUACUCAGCAGCCAUACAACCAGAAUCUAUACAGAAAGGCGCUGAUGAAAAUCCCGAUUAAGUACCUUGUACAAACCACGACAACUACCAGCGCAACCACUACAACCAACAGCUCACCACAACAACACCAGCGCCCACCAAUAACAAGCACAAGUGAAAUCAUUAUAAACACCGUCACCCCACAACAACACCAGUUGCACCUCAAAAACACUCAGCGC